AUGGCGAUGAUGAUGACUGGCCGUGUGCUGCUGGUGUGUGCCCUCUGCGUGCUGUGGUGCGGUUUUUCUGGAAUUGCGGCCGAUGGUGCUGGCGGUGUUCCUGAUGGCAGUGCGGUUGAGUAUUUGGUUGUGGAGUGGCGCUCUCAGCUGCGGAGGAAUUGCGCGGAGGAAGUCAGCAGGAGGACAGGAGGCCGUGCGAAUGCGUCCGCCGUUGAGGAAUGCAUGCGUCAGAGGAUGGACGGUGUUCUUGCCGUUGUGGAUGGCCGUCGUCGUUGGAGGCGUCAACGUCCUGCCGUUGCUGCUGCUGCUGCUGAGAACGCUGAUGAGCUUGGCAAGGAGAACACCUCCAGUGAAAGGAAAGUUUUGUCGGGAGGUAAUGGGUCGGGGUCUGAAGAUGCGCACGUACGAGGGGGGGAUUUACAUUCUGAAUCACGUGACGGUGUUGUACGACCAGAAGGUGCAACAUCGGAGGAAUUGAAUGUGAACUCCAAUUCUCACACGGAGGCGUUGCCCACAAAGGAAAUAAGGCAGGUCAUCCCCGAAAGUAUUUCACCUGUAAGUUC